AUGUCCCCCGCCCGGCGGGAUCCGUCGCAGACAUUUUUCUCCUUCUCCCAGCUCAUUUUGAACAGCGGAGCCCUGGGCUUGCAAGUCAACCGCGCCAAGGUCAGCUACAUAGAAGUGGAGAUCCUGGAUCAUCAAACAGGAAGGCCUGUCUCCAUCAUAGACAAGGUGCACCCUCUGUCAACUGUUCUUGACCUGAAAAAUCGCUUCCAUAAAGCAUGUCCUGGCUGGUAUCCAUCACGCACUGGCCUCAGGACUGUCCCCAAUGGGCCAUUCCUGCCAGACACCUGCGUGAUGCAGACCAUCGCCACCUCCUCCCUGGUCUCGGUGUACUCUACAGAUCUGGGCCGCCAGGUCGGCUGGAGUGCAGUGUUUCUGACCCAAUAUGUUGGACCCAUUUUAAUUUACCUGAUGUUUUAUUUACGUUUGUCAAAUGUGUAUGAUGACACUGUGAAAAGCCAGCGUCCUCCAGUAGUACACUUGGCCUGUUUCUGCCAUUCUCUUCACUACAUCAAACAUGUGCUGGAGACUCUGUUUGUUCAUAGGCUGUCUGAUGGAUACACCCCACUGCGGAACCUGCUAAAGGGUUGUGCCUUCUACUGGGGCUUCACAGCCUGGCUGGGAUACUACAUCAACCACCCCCUCUACACUCCUCCAUAUUUUGAGAACAAACAAGUUAUUCCAUCGCUUGUAUGGUUUUUGGUUUGUGAAGCUGGCAAUUUCUGUAUCAACAUUGCUUUAGCUCGACACAAUCAGACAGUUAAAGCAUCAUAUCCUCGACCAACCUACAAUCCCUUCACCUGGCUUUUCAAGCUUGUGCAUUGUCCACAGUACACAUAUGAGAUUGGAGCCUGGUUAAGUUUAGCUGUCAUGACACAAACUCUCCCUGUUGCAGUUUUCGCAAUGCUGAUAUCGAUUCAGAUGUUGCUGUGGGCAAAGAAAAGACAUCAUAAAUACCUGAGGCAGAGGAGGAGCAGCAGCGGCUACCGGAGGGCCGCCGUUAUUCCUUUCAUACUGUAG